GCCGGAAUGUGUCAAUGCAGCCUAUGAACCAGUGUGUGGUGCUGUCGAUCUGGCAGCGCUGCGCAAGUGGCCAACAACAGCGUGAACACGUGGAGCGCCAUGGCGUGAUGGGCGUGUUCAGGCCGGAAUGUGUGGAUGCAGCCUAUGGACCAGUGUGUGGUGCUGUCGAUCCGGCAGCGCUGCACAAGUGGCCAACAACAGCUGCGAUGGGAAAGUUUUAUAAAGAAUCGUCCCCUGUCGAUCCUCAGCACUGCACAAGCGGCCAGCGACAGCGCAACACCAGCAUACUGGCAUUACGAGUGUGGCUGAAAGGACUGGCCAAUGACAGCACAAGACAGGCGUGCGUGGGUGCUACAAAUGCAACCAACACUGCACAAGUGGCCAACGACAGCAUGAACGGAUGCGGCACCAUCGCGGAACAAGGCUGGCUGGAAUCUGUCGAUGCUGCCUGUCGACCGGUGCAUGGUGCUGUCGAUCCGGCAGCAUUGUGCGGGGCAGCCAGUCGACAUGUCCAUGGUGCUGUCGAUCUGGCAGCGCUGCAUGAGUGGCCAACGACAGCGCCAGAAUGUGUCAAUGCAGCCUAUGGACCAGUGUAUGGUGCUGUCGAUCCGGCAGCGCUGCACAAGAUGGAAUAUGUCGACGCAGCCUAUCGACCAGUGCAUGAUGCUGUCGAUCCGGCAGCGCUGCACGAGUGGCCAACGACAGCGCCGGAAUGUGUUGACGCAGCAUAUCGACCAGUGCAUGAUGCUGUCGAUUCGGCAGCGCUGCACGAGUGGCCAACACCAGCGCCGGAAUGUGUCAAUGCAGCCUAUGGACCAGUGUGUGGUGCUGUCGAUCCGGCAGCGCUGCAUAAGUGGGGAACGACAGCGCUGGAAGGUGUUGGUGCAGCCUAUCGACCAGUGUAUGGUGCUGUUGAUCCGGCAGCGCUGCACAAGUGGCCAAUGACAGCGUGCACGGUUGCAGCGCCAUGGCGUGAUGGGUGCCUGCGGAUCUUUCAG